GACAUUACGGACCUAUAUACAAUGAUUCCCCAACAGGAAUCAAUAUUGGCCGUAUGUGAAAUGUUGGGGCAAAACGGGAUCUUAAAAGUUAAGGGAGAAAUACUGAUAAAUACAGUAAGAACUCUUUUCAAACAUGUUCUAGAAAACGCUUUUUUCGCUUUACAGUUACCGGGAGAAACAGUAAAAUAUUUUAAACAAAUAAGAGGAGGCCCCAUGGGAUCAGAAUGUACCCAAGUACUAGCAGAUAUUUAUAUGCGCAAAUGGGAGAGAAACUUUCGGGAACAACAAAUUUCAGAGGGGGAGUUAUACUUUAGAUUCCGGGAUGAUAUAUUUCUAACAACUAGAAGGGAUAAGGUAGAUAUGGAUAAGGUAUUAAUAGAACUCCGCAAGGUAGAUAAGAACAUUGGAUUAACUUUUGGAACAGGACAGCAUGUAGAUUAUCUUGACGUGAGAAUAAGUGUAGAAACACCAAAUUUUAGGACUAAGGUCUUUCGGAAACUAGCGGCACAGCCAUACAUUUUACCAUUCAUUUCAGCACAUCCGCCGCAUGUGAUGAAAAUAUCCCAUUUUCAGCAUUAUUAAGGGCAGUUAGAGUAUGUUCACACAGUGAGAGUUUAGCUGAGGAAAUAGAAAUAGUUAGAAUAACUCUUUUAUUGAAUAAGUAUCCGUCUAGAUUUAUAGAUAAGCAUUUUCAGAGAUUUUUCGAAGCUUUAACGGGAGAAAAAAAUUCAAAAUUAUUGUUAAGUGAGCAAUAUAGUGAGUUUAGAAAUAAGGUUUUAGAUCCGGAAUGGAAUAAAAAAGAAAAAAAACAAAUAAAUUUCAAUAAGGACAUUUUAUGUCAUUUCACAUAUACACCAAGUUUAGCCCGCUUUGGAUCUAGAUUUUAUCAAAUUUGGCAGGAAAUUUUCGAGGAUACCCCAUUGAGUGAUAUUUCAGUGAUUUUUGCGCAUCGGUUAACCGAUAACUUAAAAAAUAUUCUAGUCCAUAAAAAAUCAUCCAGAAACGUCAUAAAAAAUAUUAUAGAAAAUAUAGAAUAAUAAAAAACAGAUACUCGCUUCUUUUUGCCCUUUAUAUUUUAGAUACAACAUCGAUUCAUAAACAUUUUUUCCGUAUUUUUUUUUUGUAUUGUUUAUUAGUAUAUCAGUUUACUAGUUUUUUGUAUUUUUUUGUAUCUAAUUUUUUGUAUUUCAAAGUAGUUUUUGAUAAUAGUGUUGAGUACAUCCCUUGAGUUGAGUUGAGAUGAGUCAUAUCCCAUUGAGUUAGUAGAAAGGUCAAGGUCAGCCGGACGAGCAUAGAUGAGAAUAGACGAGAGUAACCGGCGGACGGGAGUAUAAUGAGAGUAGAACUAUAUAAGGAUAGACAAAAUCAGUAGAUAGUCAUAUAGCCUGAAGAAAAUUCGAAACGCGUCGCUUAUUACAAUUUAUUGUGUUAUUCAUCGUUUGUUAUAUAUUUAUUCAAUAAAAUUUAAUAAAAAUCAAAAAAAUCUAAAUAUUUAAUCAAAGUUUGCUUAUCUUAUUCUACUCUCAUAAAAAUUCAAGUUUUUUCUUUUUCUUACUUAUUCAAAAAUAAGAGAAUCUUUUUUCUCAUAAAAUAUUUAAAAAUUAAAAGUUAUUUUCACUAAAAAGUUCAAUUUUUCUCAUCUCAACAUAAAACUAGCUUAUUUUUUCAUUUAUUCUUAUUUAUUUAUUUAUUCGUUAAUUUCAUUUAUUCAAAAAUAAGAGAAUCUUUUUUCUCAUAAAAAUUAUCUAAAAAAUAAAAUUUAUUUUCACUAAAAAGUUAAAAAAAAAAAAGUUCAUUUUUUUCAUUUAAACUUAUCUCAACAAAAACUAGCUUAUUUCUUUAUUGUUUCAUUUAUUGCUCUUUUCUUAAAAUAUUUAAGAAAAGAAUAUUUAUUUAAAAAUAUACAAAAAUAUAAAUAAAAUUAUAUAAAUUCAAAAAAACCUCUUUUUUCUUACUUAUUUAUUUAAUAAUCUAAUUCUAUUUUUUGUUUAUCUACUUAUUUACUUACCAUUGUUAAUUCGCUUAUUUAUUUAUUAUUCACCCUCUUAACAUACCUGAUGAGACUGCCUAAGCAACAGUCGAAACGCGUCGUGUGAUGCUUUGAAUUUAUCUACACAAAAAUUCUAUAUACGAUCAUAACAAAAAGCACUUUACGUCAUAUCUCACCCUCAGUGAUAUGCAGUGACAUCAUAUGAUGCUCAGUGAUAAGUAACUAUUGUGUUGUAGCCGGCUAUGCCUUUACACUACAGCGAAAUAAAUCCUCAUCAUAUAUGACAGAUCACUUCCACACCAGCACAUAGCACAUCCAUAUGGAUUUGUGAUAAUGGUUAUGUGUGACCGGGUACCUCAGUUGGUAGAGCAGCCGACAUGUAAUCGGAAGGUCGUGGGUUCGGGUCUCACCUCGGGCAUCACUUUUCACUUGUCUCAUAGACAUGUGGAAUGUGUUUGUGUGUUGGAGGUGUAGUGGAUAUCGCGCAGUGGUGAUCUAACGAUCAUAACAAAAAGCACUUUACGUCAUAUCUCACCCUCAGCCACCCUCACCCUCAUCCUCAACUUUUUUAUGCAGAGCCCUGAUGAGUGUUUUCUUAUUAUUAAAUAAAUAACACGAAACGCGUAGGCGAAACUAAACUCUGCAUUUAUUAUUAUAUAAAAGCACAUUCUUUUCAAUUUAUUUCGACAAAAACAUCGGUUGCAGAAAAGCAAGGGUUGAGAUCAGCAGAUUAAUUUGUAUUUUAUAUAUACGACUUCGUCUGUUUUAUCAUUGAGUUACUACAAUAGCCCCAAGAACAACAACAAUAAAUUUAGAUUUAACUACAAAUCAUGAUGACGCUAUGGAAGAAUCUGAUAAUCAAGAUGAAGAACGAGAAAUUGCUCUUUCUCCUCAUCCAAAUCAAUUACCAACAACUAAUACACAAAAUCAAGAAGAAGCUGCUCAAGCUGCAUAUUUAACUUAUCAUGAAUUACAUUUAAAACGAUUAGAUUUAGAAGUUAAACAAUCGUUAUACUUUUUAGAGGUACAGCGAGUCGAGGGCAACAACAACCAACAAGAAGAAGACAAUUACAUUGCCCCGACUCUGUUUCGACAAUUGGGCGAGGAUUUCACGGCCCAAAAAGUUAGCCCCGGUCGUCCAGUUCAACAAUUUAUUAAUGAAUUAGAUAUUCUUCUUCAACAAUUUCAUAAUAUUUCUCUUACCACUACAAAUCGUCGUCAAUUUAAUUCAAUAAUCAAUUCAAAUAAUUCUAUUACUAUUCCAGAUAAUAUAAUUAUUGCAAGUCAAUCCCAAACUAAUAAUAAACCAGUUAAAAAGAAGAAAAAUUAUCAUCGAUUAAUCAAAAGAUUAAAACAUAAAUUUCGGUUAACUAAUACGAUUAUUAGAAAAACUGAUAAAUCAAAAGUUUUUCAUUUGGGACAGCUCGAUGAUUAUCACAAAAAAUCUAUGGAAUAUAUGAAUAAGACCAAUGCUUAUCGAUGUCUUGGUACUCAAGAUCCUUUACCUGAUCUUAUUACUCGUAUCAAUCGAUCUUUAUUUGAAUUACGCCUAGCUAAAUGGAUAACACAAAAACAAUAUGAGCAAUUAUGUGUUAAAAAAGAUGAAGUCGAAUUAGCUCAUCUCUAUUACUUACCAAAAGCACAUAAACCGAAAACUCCACUUCGACCAAUUAUAUCUGGUUUAAAACAUCCUACAAUUAAAAUCUCUAAGUUUCUUGAUGAUAUACUUCGACUAUUAUUUGAUAAAAUGGCCUUAAAGACAACAGUCAUGUCUGGCUUUGAACUAGUGAAAAAACUACAAGGAUGGUCAAAGAACAACAUGAAACAAGAGACUAUAUUGGGUACAAUAGACGUUACCGAUUUAUAUACAAUGAUUCCACAAGUCGAAGGUGUGUUAUCCUUAAGGAAAAUGCUAGAUUAUCUUAAUUUAAAACAAGUACAAGGUCUUAAAGCUGAAGUAAUCAUUCGUCUAGCCAGAUUUGUUAUUCAAAAUAACUAUUUUAAAUAUGAUGACCAAUAUUAUCAUCAAAUUCGAGGAGGAGCUAUGGGUUCUCCUCUUACUCUCACCACUGCUGAUUGUUAUAUGUUCUUUUUUGAACGAGAUAUUGUUCGACAAAUUAAUAAUAGUGGUGGCUUAUAUUUAAGAUAUAUUGAUGAUAUGUUCAUUAUAAUUAAUUGGCCGAUACGCCAUAUUAUGAAAGAAGUUGAUCGAUGGAAUAAAUUCGAUCCAAAUAUUAAAUUGUCAGCUGAUAUUCGUUUCGAAGCGAAUUUUUUAGAUUUAUAUAUAAAGAAUCAAGAUGGUCAACUAUUUACUACUGUGUAUCAUAAACCAUCAUAUGAACCAUAUUACUUACCUUUUAACAGUAUCCAUCCGAUGCACAUGAAAAAGAAUAUACCAUUUGCAAUGUUACUUCGUGCUAUUAGAUACUGUUCGACACUUCAAGCCUAUCUAGAAGAAAGAGGUAAGCGAAAAAUGGAUUUGUUAUUAAACAAAUAUCCCGGUAAAAUCAUCGAUCAACAAUUUAAUUUGGUAUUACAAAAAUUUAAUAUCAAUCAAACAUUUACUAUUCAUAAUUAUAAUUUAUUACGUGAACAAGUUAUAAACACUUCUUUCAAAGAAAAGGUGCCAAUCGACCAUAGGAGAACAAUAUUUGUCCAUUUUACAUAUUGUACAAACAUGGCAACGUUUCCUAAGAAAUUCCACACAUUAUGGAACAAAUAUUUUGGAGAAUCUCCUAUCAAUGAUAUUACUCCUAUUCUUGGUACUCGUAAUACCGAUAAUUUACAACGACGACUAGUCCAUACUCAUUAA